UGCAGACAUGAUACUUCUCGGUGUUGUGUUAAUAGCAUUGAUAGUGCCACAGGCGACUUGGCAAACAAAUAUGGAACGCAUCACCACCGACAUUUUUGAUACAAUUGAUGGGCUGAUGCUUCAACUCAAUAGUAAACAUAAGCACUUAUAUGUUCUUCAUAGUAAGUGCCCCAGGGCUCUCAGAUCACAAGGCUUUUACCAAGGGGACGAAUAUGGUGCUGCUUUGUUACUCAACAUACAGCAGCAGUUCACAUUUUUGCGGGUACUCUAUAAGACUAGAUGCCAUAGUGGAACUUCGACUAUUCACUAUCCCAACUGCAACAGCAGUGCCAUGGCUCACAACCCAUUUUGUCAAAAUGAACCAUAUGAUUGGAAUCUAAUUCAAGAGACUGGGAAUGGCCAUCGAAUAGAGAUGCCCAAGUAUGAUGAUGGAACCUCUCAAAAUCUAAAAAAUCCACCCCGCAGGCGUAUCUUUAGGAAAAAACGAAUGGGUAUUAACAACCGACUCGCAUUUCCAUACAACGAAUAUUCUCCACCAAAGAUCUCAACCGGCGCCCAGAAAACACCCUAUGGUGGAAGCAUUGCCAACGAACCAGGUCCUAGUUGGCCCUAUCAUGGUCAGAUGGAUUUUAAAAACAACAGAAAUGUUGUUGAACGGAAUGAUACACCAAGAAACGUUGGAAGACAGUAUUUAAAGAAUUUCGAGCAUAUGCUUCGGAAUAGCACCAAAAAAUUAGAGCAAUUUUUGAGUUCAAACCUACCGAUCCCAAGCAAUAGUAACAAUCCGAAAGUGGAUCUCAAAAUUAAAGAAAACGCUACUGCUACCAAGGCCAAAAAGGAUUCUAUUGAAAAUUUGUUCAAUGAAUUAAAGGAAUCUAUUAACCAUUUCAAAAAUUAGCACAAUGGUGUAAUAUAUAUGAACCUAUCAUAUUUAUAAUAGAUAACAUUGCCCGCUAAAGCUAUAA